AUGAUCUCUUGCGUGCUUUUGGUCUUGCACCUCAAAGCCCGAGCAGCCGCUGCCAAGCAAGCAAGGAAAAACCAACAAGGAUUUGAGGAGCAGGACCAGGAAGCACAUGUCCCCGAAGCGCCUCCUCUACCUGUGUCACCUCAGAUAUUCAGACAGGAGUCUUCAGCAGAAGCAGGCUGCAAGGUUACAAAGAAGACAAAAGGGACAGCCAAAGCAGUGGCGAGGAUUGUGGAUGAGAAGAAGCGCUUCAAAAUCAAGUGGCGUGGUUAUCAGGUCUCAGAAAUAGCGGCGAAGU